ACCUCUCUCUGUGGGGUUUGGUCUCUGUGAUCUCCAAACCCUAAUUUUUAACAACAGGCCGUCGGCGUUCGAGCAAAGGAGAGGGCAAAGAUGAAGACCAUCUUAUCAUCGGAGACGAUGGAUAUCCCUGACGGUGUCGAGAUCAAAGUGAAGGCAAAGAUCAUCGAAGUGAAAGGUCCAAGAGGAACCCUAACUCGCAAUUUCAAGCAUCUCAAUCUCGAUUUCCUACUCAUUACCGAUGAGGAGACCGGAAAACGGAAGCUGAAGGUUGAUGCAUGGUUCGGAUCUCGCAAGACUACCGCCGCCAUCCGUACUGCCCUCAGUCACGUCAACAACCUUAUCGUCGGUGUUACUCAGGGAUUCCGUUACAAGAUGCGUUUUGUCUACGCUCAUUUUCCGAUCAACGCUAGUAUCACCAACAACAACACGGCGAUUGAGAUCCGUAACUUUCUUGGUGAAAAGAAGGUGAGGAAGGUUGAUAUGCUUGAUGGUGUGACUGUUGUGAGAUCUGAGAAGGUUAAGGAUGAAUUGGUGUUGGAUGGAAAUGACAUUGAGCUUGUUUCUCGAUCAUGUGCUCUAAUCAACCAGAAAUGUCACGUGAAGAACAAGGAUAUUCGUAAGUUUCUUGAUGGUAUUUAUGUUAGUGACAAGGCAAAGAUAGAGGAGGCCGAAAAUUAAGUACUUUAGGUAGCGAAUCAAUCAUCAAUCUUGUUUUGGACCAGAGUGUUUGUUAUCUUUUAAAGAUAUUUUGAACAUCUUUGUCAGACUCGACCAUCGAGUUCUGAAGCUUUUUGGAAUUUUAAUUUUUAUUGUACUGUCUUCUUUCGGUAUUGUUUC